UCUGGUUCUGAACCCAACCCCAAAGCAUCACUGACACCUGAACGUUUUCCUAGGACCCAGUGCACACUGCCCAAUCCAAAGCUGCUCUCAGGAGCACUGAUAAAUGUAGCCAAACACCUGGGCAACCUGCAGUUCAGAGUCUGGGAGAAGAUGCAGGGGAUCAUCAAACACACUCCCGUGAUUCUGGACCCCAACACUGCCGCCCCUUGGCUUUCUCUGUCUGACGAUCUGACCAGUGUGAGUCAAAAAUGGCAGCAGCAACCUAUGAACCUAGAACGGUUUGAGAAUUAUCAAAUUGUACUGGGCUCUGAAGGGUUCAGCUCAGGAAAGCACAGCUGGGAGGUGGAGGACCAUCCUCUCUGGGAUAUGGGUGUGGCCGAAGAGUCCAUCGAGAGGAAGAAAAAUCUGACUGUGUCACCAGAAUGUGGAAUCUGGGCUAUUUGGUUGAGGAACAGCAAGUACAUAGCAGGAGUAGGUGGGAUCCUCCCUCUGCAGAGGAGACCCCAGAGGAUCAAAGUGCAGCUGGACUAUGACAGUGGGGAGGUAUCUUUCUACGACUCCAAAUAUAUGACUCACAUCUACACUUACAAAGACAUUCAAUUUAAAGAGAGGAUGUACCCAUACUGUAUGGUUGGACCCAGUAGUAAUGCCACCAACCCUGAUAUAAAGAUCUGCCAAUCAGAGGUGUCUCUGACAAUGUUAUCUCAGUAAGGUGUGUGUUUCUGUGUGUCUUUGUGUGUGUGAAUUAUUAACUUUGAUAAUGAUGGUGAUUAUGUCUUGAAGAUGAAAUCGGAUGAGAGAUUAAUCUGUUCAUCUCUGUUAGUGUGUCAAGUGAAAUGUGUGUGUGAUUCUAGUUUCUCACAAUAAUGGUCAGAGAGUAAUAGGAUACGGCAUGUGUCAAAAUUGAUUGAUUGCUGACCUUAUGACCUG